CAUUAAAGUAUAGUGUUUCCCCUUUGCCACUCGCACUCUAACCCCAGAAUAUAUAUCCACCAGUACUGCCGACUUUGGGCUUGGUCGAAACGAUCGGAAAAUAGCCAGGCCGUCAUCCACUGACCACUGCUUUCCUCGGUUGGUUUACAUGCAGCAACCACCGCUUCUUUUCCUGCUUCUUCCGCUACCUUUCUUCGUUCGUCGUUCUGCUCGGUUUUUUGCGCAUGCGCCCCCGAGACACCGAAGCCAUGAACAGUGGGACCAGUGAAAACAGCCACUGUGCGACAAGGGCGGAGAAAAAGGCCGAGAUCGCGACGAAGACAGGGUCUUUGAGGUUGGUUUUCCGUCGAGUCGGUCUGCGUUUGCUCAGUCGACUUCCGUCACGAUUCGCGUUCGGACGUGCGUCGCGGGGUUAACAAGCUGAACAAGCUGAACAAGCAACCAACUCAACUACCAAGCUACCAACAACCAAUCUACCCAACUACCAAACUCAGAAAAAACCAACCCAUUUUACCAAGAAACCGAAGAGCGGGAAGAAAAUUAAAUAAGUGGCUUGAUAAUUUUUUCCGUAUUUUGUUUAUGUUCCGUGUUCCGUUCGGUUUUUUUUUGUUGUGUGUAUGUGUGUGUUACCAACAAAAAGAGAGAGUAUUGUGUUCUGUGUUUUUUUUGUUUGUCGGUGGUGUAUUUUCGCUGGCUUUUUGUUUGGCUGCAGUGGCGCGUAACGUUGAACGAAGUCAACCCCCAAAACCAAAAAAAAAACAAGUGCUAUCUAUCUGGUCCUGGGCCACAGGAUGCGCUCGAGUGACCCUGCGCACCUGUUCGCCAACGAAAGCGACGACGACAAGUGCCACGGACAACAGGGUUUCCCGGCUGUGUGAAAUUGUCGCUUAAUUUUAUGCAAAGCGAACGCAAUUUAUUUUGAGGAAAACCCAACUGUUUUGUGUGUGUGUUUAUAUAUUUUGGGGGAAAAAGCCUGUUGGUUGGUGGGAACCUGCGAUAGGAGCGACUCCCAGCGGAAAAACUGACAUUAGUUUGCUAGCCCGAUUAGCGAUCAUGGCCCAAAGCCCUCCUCGAUCAUGCUGAUUGUGGACAUGUUGACGCUGGCGUUGGCAAAUGAGCCGAUAUGCGGCUCCAAAAUGCGAGCGGGUGGCCGGAGUUUCAGCGAGGAUAAUCCCGCAGGAGGAGCGGUGGUGGCCAACACAACUGGCGGUGGUAUAGGCCAGAGCUUCGGUGGCCCGCUUUCUGGCCACUUGGCAUGCGAGGCACGCGACUCACGCGACAAUGUUGCUGUUGGCGUUGGUGUUGCUGUUAGUGUUAAUGCUGCUGCUGCUGCUAGUUUCGUGCCCGCCGAGGUGCGUCAGCAAUGCCACUCAGCGUUGGACGGUGCGGAGGCGCGUGCGCGUGCUGAAUACACUGGCAACAACAAGGGCGGCAGCAGCAACAACAACAGCGGCAACAGCAGCAACACUGGGAGCAGCGAUAGCAACGAUAGCAGCAACAACAGCAACACUAGCUGCAACAACAGUAGCAUUAGGAGCAACAACGCGGACAAUAUCAGCAACAACAAUAGCUGCAAUAUCAGCAGCAACAACGGCAGCAACAGCAACAGCUAUACCAGCAGCAAUAUCAGCAGCAACAUUAGCAACUCUGGCGACAACACAGCAACGGAAGUGGCAACGAAAUGUGAGUACGCGCAACUCGAGCGUGAGAGGCAGAGCGUGAGCGCAGGCGCAUACCUGCAACCACCCAAUGUGACAGUCAGCAGCAGCAGCAACAACAAUCACACUGCCAUUAACGGGAGCAACAACAACAAUAGGAACAACAGCAACAACAACAGCAAUAACAAUAAGGGGAGCAGCGCCUGCUCAAUACCUACAAUUGGCAGUGAGCUUUUCAAAGGCAACCUUGUGGCAGCAGCAGCAGCAGCAGUCGUCGCAGCUGAGCAGCAGAGGCAGCAGCUACAACAGCCAACGAGCAGCAGCAGCAGCAAUCACCAGUCAACGGAUUCUGGCCAAAAGUUGUGCAAAUUGAUAGAUUCCAGUGGAAAAUCGGUGGAAAUCAAUUGCCAAAAUCGUUUCGUGGCGACUAAAAAGUCACAAAUCGCAGUCAGCAACCACGACGACAGCAGCAAUAGCAACGACAGCACCAGCAACACCAACAGCAGCAGCAACAACAACAGCAACAGCAACACCAACGAAAACGACGACGUCGCGCGACGUACAGAAAAGUUUGUGCAAAAAGCAAGGCAAAACGCGUUGUCUGCUCGCGGGCAAGAUAAUUUUUUUACGCCAGUGAAAAUGUGCAAAGUGCUGCGGCCAAAGAGGCAUUUCUCGAAUGAAUUGAAUGAAACAGCAGUAAAAUCUGCAGUAGCAACAGCAACAUCAACAGCACUAGCAGCAACCUUAAGCUUGAAAAGGGAGGAGCAGCAAAGGGAGAAGGAGGAAAAGGAGGAGCAAAGGGAGGAGCAAAAGGAGGAGGAGGAGGAGGAGGUGCGGCAGGCGCCAUUGUCAUUGCCACAUUCACAGGAGUCUCUCGAAAACAGCAGCAGCAGCAGCAGCAGUAGGAAUUCAUCCUUGGCUGGAGGAGCUAUUGAUAAUGUGGCUGGGAUUGCUGCUGUCCACACACCACAAAGUUGGCCUGUUGUUGUUGCUGGCGGUUACGUGGAUUACGUGAAGAGCCUUCCAACAGCAGCAGCAGCAGCAGCAGCAGCAGCAGCAGCAGCAACAUGCAAUGACAAUUGCAACGCGGAGACAAAGGCCAGCGAUUUAAGUGCACCAACGUCCGAGGAGAAGCUCAUCGAUUGCGAGUCCUUGCUGGGAAAUACUAUAGUAGUAGCAACAUCAUCUGCAGUAGCAGCAGCAGCAGUAGCAACAAGCUGCGGCGAGCAGGAUCUCAUCGAUUUUGAGCACGAUUUGGGCGAGGACUUUGUGGCCAGCCAGCGGUUGAAGCGAUUGCAGUGCAAUUUUCAGGGACGCGUGGCCAUUAGUAGUAGUAGUUGUGCUGGUAGUGGUGUUGAUUGUGUAAAGGCAUCCUUGAGACCACAACAACAACAGCAACAGCAACAACAGCAGGAGCAGGAGCAGGAGCAACAAACAAUAAGCAUAACAAAGAAACUACCCCCAGAAGUCAGGCAACCCCAACCAAAAGCAAAACCAAAAGCAAAACCUGAACCCCAACCCCCAACUGAAACUGAAACCCAUUCUCAAAUUGAAGUUCCAAUCCAAGGCAACUCCAACCAAAGCGAGGACAAUAAGAUAGUUGCAGUUGCAGGAGUUGCAGGAGUUGCAGGAGUUGUUGCCGCAGACUCAAGUGCAAUUCAAUUAGAGGCGGAUGGCAUUCGUCGAGUCGCCCGAUUGCCAAGUGAAAGCGAAACAACUGAACAACCAGCGACCAGACACGCCAGACAAACAGCUGAAAAUCGCCAGGAGCAGCAACAUUUGCUGAAUACGCAACUGCGCAGGAUCCAAAAGGAGCAGGAGCAGGAGCAGGAGCAGGAGCAGGAGAGCAGUAGCGGUGGAAGUGGAAGUGGCAGUGGAGCAAGUGGAAGUGGAGGUGGCAACGACGGCCAAGUGGUGAUUGAAAUCGAAACGGACUGCGAGGAUUGCGAGAACGGCGAGGACUUUCGACAGAGGCGCUCCGCCUUUGUGCCAGCACAACCCAAGUCCAAAUCGAAACUCCAAUACCAAUUCCAAUUCGAAAGCCAAAACCAAAGUAAUAAUUCCCAACCGGUGGAGGCCGGCGAUUUUGAGGCAUCGCUCAGCGAGUUCGAUGUUCAGCGGUUCAGCGAGUAUUUGAAGGCCGCCCGCCAAUUGCAGUGGCGUUACAAUCAGCCGGGGGACAACCAGUUGGCUGGCCAACCAUCCAUCGGGAGCAGCAAUAGCAGCAGUUUCCAGUGCUACGACGAGCUGCUGGCAGAGUUCGUCAGCGAGCAGCAGGAUUACCUGGGGUCCUUCGAGGAGGAGGAGGAGGAGGAUAGCAAUAGCAACUCCUGUGAAAGCGACUCCAUCGAAAGCCGAGAAGCCUGCCAGUGCCAUGAGUGCCUAGGAAGCGGAGAUCGGAGCACAACCAAAGCCACAACCACAACCAUCAGAUCCACAGGCCACUCAGGCUACCCAACCCACUCAGUCCAGUCGCCAUCAGCCCACUUGGGCCACCUAGCCCACCUGACCAGCGGGAGCCACGAGAACCACGAGAGCCACGAGAUGCGCGAGGUGAACGGACAGCUGCGCGGGCUGCUCAAGAAGCCCAACCGACCGCCGCCGGCCAGGAAGAACCGCGUCGUCUUCGACGAGACCCGCAACGAGUUCUUCGAGGCCGACUACAUCAUCCUGAUCCGCGAGGACUGCGCCUACGACGAGGAGGACGAGGAGCCCUGCACCUGCGGCGAACACGAGCUGGUGAGGCUCUGCUGCGAGGAGGGAUGCCAGUGCAACUACGCGGUCAAUCCCGCCGAGGCGGGCGACGGCCGGACGCCACAGAGUCCCAAAUACCAGCCGCCAAUUGAGUUCGUGGAUGAUGCGGCCCUCAGUCCGCCCGAUGGCUACAAGGACAGCAGUCUGAAGAACACGCUCGGCGGCGCCUUGAGCGGCCACAUUUUCGGGGCGCAGCACCUGCAGCAGCUGCAGGUCAUCCAGCGGCUGCAGCAGCAGCGUGCCGCGAUGCUGGCUGCCCGCAACACCACAGGCGGUCAGAUACCGCCCCCGCCCCCUCCGGUUGGCAGUGCCGCCCAACAGCAGCAACAGCAGCAGCAACAGCAGCAACAGCAGCAGCAGCAGCAGCAGCAACAGUCGCAUCAGCAACCGCAUCAUGCGGCACUGCAGCAGCAGCAGCAGCAAUCGGCGGAGGAGGAGCUGCAGGGCGUCUGCACCGAGUGUGCCGAGUGCGCCGAGUGCGCGGCCAAGCAGCUCCAGGAAGCAGAAUGCAGCUCCCCGCAGUGUCCGGAGGAGAUGGCUCCACUUGGAGUGCCCGCCGUGGCCAUCCUGCCCCUGCACACCAGUUCCCCGGAGCGUCGAAUCACCCAGAAGGAGAUCAUCGCCGGCGAGGAGAGGCCGAAAUACGUUCUGCAAUCGCAGUACAAGCCAUCGCCCACAGCAGCGGUGAGAACCAAAAAGGAUUCCGGAAGUGGCAAGAUCAGUUCCGGAUCUGCCCUGAGUUCCGGUUCCGUCUCAGGAUCUGGUUCCAGUUCCAGUUCCGCCUACGGUUCAGCGGUGCAAGUUCCCCCGGCGGCUUUAAGUAGCUCCUCGAAAAAUAAGCGAUUUGUUGUUGAAACCAUUACCACUAUGACCACAGUGACCGAGCGCCGGAUCAUCCGGGAGGCGAACGAGGACCUUUCCGCCGCCGGUUCCGCCCCCGCCCCCGGCACCGCCGCCCCCCUUCCUCCUCCCGCUGGAGCCGCCGCCAGCGGAGCCGAGAUGCUGCCACCUGCGCUGCCGGCAAAAGCCAGCGCCACUGCAGCAGCCGCCGCAGCAGCAGCAGCAGCAGCCAGUGCAGCAGGAUCAGGAGUGGGAUCAGCAGCAGUAGGGGCAGUGGCAGGAGCAGAUCAGCAGCAGUUCGAGGCACAGAAGCCGCCGCCCAUUCCGCCCAAGGAGACCUCGCCCACGCAGAUCAGCGGAAUCCUCAAGGGCGGCAAGCUUUGGAAGCAGGACUCAAUUUCACAGCAAUCGGAUGACCAGAACAACACCACCUCGGAGGACGAGAGUGGUGCCACGAAGCGAUCGGUGCGGUUUGUGACCGAGGACCAGGCGAAUGCCGGCACUGAUAGCGAUGCUCAGUCUCUGGCCGGUGAUCUGGAUGACAGCGAGAACCAGAUCAACGAGCUGAUCCCCAUCAAGAAGCACUCGACGCUCUUCAACAACGCCCUGCGUCCCAACUCGGCGGUGCGCCAGCUCUUCCCGAGCGUCUCGGCUCAUCAGGCACCCGUGCUCACCUCGGAGGCUCUCCGCGCCUUCGACGAGUCGAAGCGGGCAGGAUGCCUGGUCACCCACCUGCCGGGCAGUUGUGGCGACUCCGACACCCUGCGCCGCAGCAUGGAGCGCAACAUCCUGCGCCGAUCGCUGAUCAAGAAAAAGGCUGUCAAGUCGGACAUCUCGCUGGAGGAGCGCAUCAAGCAGCUGACCUGCGACAUCGACGAGGAUCUGGCGGAGGAACUGCAGCGGGCGGUGGACGAGGACGCCGAGUCCGCCGAAAGGGCCGAUGAGUUGGCCCAGCGCAACAGUCCCGCUGGCGAGGAGAAUCCCAAUCCGGUUCCCGGUUCCGGUUCCGGUCCACCCCACAAGUUCGUCAACGGCGAGAAGAGCUUCUCCCCCAGCAGCUCCGUUUCGAGCUCCUCGAGCGGGUCGUCGGCCUACAAGAAGAUCGCCGACAUCUUCAACCGCGACAAGAAGCAGGAGAAGAUCAUGGAGAUGGAGGAAAACCCAAUAGUCAUUAUACCCCAGGAGUGCCGGUGUCCGGCUGCCCCCGACUUGGGCAUGGGCAUCCAGGUGCCGGUGGUGCACACGCAGAUCCACCGCACUCCGCCCCGCCAAACGGAGCCGAAGCGGCAGUUCCUCUCCUCCACCCUGGCUCCGCUGACCGCCUGCGUGGCCGGGAACAAGGACGACCUCUCCUCGUACUACACUUUGGCCGCCGCCGCAGCCGCCCAUCCGCAUGCCCACGGCCACGCCCACACGCACGCCCAUGCCGCCCACUAUGCCGCCGCCGCUGCAGCGGCUGACUUCAAUAUGGGGCAGCUCUUGGGAGCAGCUGCAGCGGCCGCUGCCUCCGGAGAUCCGGCUGCCCAGCAUGCGGCUGCCAUGGCGGCACAGGGAUUGGCUCAGGGAUUAGCAGUCGGAGGAGUGGGAGGAGGAGGAGCGGGUGGAGUUGGUGAGGACGCCCGCAAGGUGGCGCCAGAUGUGAUUGCAGGCACACCGGGACAGGAGGUUGCCGGGCGGCAGGAGCAGGACGAGCUGGCCGCCUUCGCGCAGGCGGACGCCAAGCGGACCGAGCAGCUCAAGAAGCGGUACACGGGAGCGGGAGCGGCGGCGUCGGCGGGCGGGGAAGCCAACCAAUCGCAGGCGAGCAGCGACGACGACGAGCAGAACGACUACGGAUUCAAUAAGCGACCCUCCGUGCGCGGCAUCAAGCCGAAGUUCAGUUCCACCAACGAGAUCCUGGCGCAGAUGCAGGAGCAACUGAGUGCGGCGAUUCCCACGGUGGUCAACAGCCAGCCGGUGCAACAUGCGGUCAAGAGCUACGCGAUGCCGAACACGCUCAAGAAUCCCAAUCCCUCGCCGCAGAAUGUGCCACUGAAUGUGCAGCAGCAGCAGCAGCAGCAGCAGCAGCAGCAGCAACAGCAGCAACAGCAGCAACAACAGCAGCAACAACAGCAGCAACAACAGCAGCAGCAGCAGCAGCAGCAACAGCAGCAACACCAGCAACAUCAGUUGCAGCAGCAAAUGGCCGCCGCGCUGCAGAAGACGGAGCAGCGGACGUGGAGCUUCUACAGCGAAACGGGGGAGCAGCAGCGGUUCCCGAUGGACGCGGCCGCCAUCCAGCAGACCUACUACCAAACCCUGCCCGCCGGCACCAUGUUCCGCCAGACGAUGAUCCAGCAGGGCGCCUCGGCCGCCGGCGGAGCCGACGAUGCCUCCCUCCUCUAUGCCGCUGCGGCUGCCGCCCAGAACUGCCAGAGUGUCGCCGCGGUGAAUGCAACGGCGGGUGGAACGGCGACGGCCACCGCGACGGCCAUCGAGCAGAGCAAGCACAGCAGCUACAGCAGCCACUUCGCCCGCAGUCCCACGCGGAGGCCGGAGUCGCCGCCCCCGCUGCGCAACUACCACCAGACCAUGGUGCUCAUCCCGUACAACGCGGAGACCUACUCCCAGUUCGCCGCCAGCGGGGCAGGUGCCGGCCUGCCCGGCGCACUCGCCGGCGGCCUCGGCGGCGGGGAUCCCAAGCUGGCGCACAUCCAGCGGCAGAACAUCCUCGAGUACCAGCAGGUCACCCAGCAGACGAUUCGGGUGCCCAUUGGCUACGCCCUGCCCGGCAUGCAGUUGCACGUGGUGAGUGGGCGUGGCCACGCGGCCCACUACGCCCAACACCAGCAGCAACACCAGCAGCAGCAGCAGCAGCAACAGCAGCAGCAGCAGCGCUUGAUGCAGGGACACUACCAGUUUGGACCGGAGGGCGGAAUGCCGGGAUUCAGUGAGCGCGGAGUACCCGAAGGAGCAGCUGCCGUUUCCCACGGCGACUGCAAUGCGAUGGUCUCCCCAACAUCGGCGGCGGCAGCAGCAGCAGCGGUACAGCAGCAGCAGCAGCAGCAGCAGCAGCAACAGCAGCAGCAGGCGGUUGGAGGAGUGGGAGUGGGCGCCCAGGCUCAGGGAUCCGUUUACUAUGCGAUGAACGUAUGACCCGCGCUCGAAUAGUCGCUGCCAGCGGCGGUCAUUGUCGAGCGCCGCCAGUGUCAACUUGUCGAAAUGUCAGCGACUUCAGUGCAUUUGGGGAGCGGCGGCAUGGGCGGCAGAUGAGCGGCGGAUGAUGAGCGCCAAUCCUGUCCAGCCAGCCGGCGAGAGUCCUCGAUGAGUCCUCCCAUGAGUUCUCCCAUCCGCUGAUUUGAGUUGCCCCUUCAGUUGACCCUAGCGAGCGUUUUUUUUUUUUCGAAUCAGUUCGAUCUUCCGUUUAGCCAGUGUAUCUGUUUCCGCACCAGUAUCAUUAUCAUUAACAUUACCGUUAUCCCUAUACGUAUAUCCGUGUUGUCUGUAUCCGUAUCCUUGUGUCGGUGGCAAAUACUCGAGUCGCUUGGGUGUCACUUGGGUCUCUAGAGAUUUGAAAUCACCUCUUUCAAGAACAGCAUACUUUGUAGUUAUUAAUGGGGCUUAAAUUUCUAGAAGAUCAUGUGGCACCUAUCGAUUUUAAUAAAGCCCACAGAGUUAAACAUUUAUUGUACUCCCUGUAAACGUUGCAGCUGCAGCAAUUGCAACAUUCUGUCUAUUUAAAUGUUUUUGAUAUUAAAGGGCGCCAUGGAAAUCGCUAGAGGUUUCAAACCUCUUUAAAAAGAAUUUAAAUUUUAGAGAAAUUCAGAAAAGUACACUUAACAGCAUACUUUUAGGUGUUUAAACAAGAGGUUUGAAAUCUCUACAGAUUUUUUUGGCGAUCCUUCUUAAGUGCAGAUUGGGCAUUGAGGAUGCAGCUGCCACGUUUACAUCCAGCUUUAUAAUCAAUCCAAAAAGUACACUUUAAAUUAUGCCUUGCCGUCGAGGAUUUUAUUUCUGUGGAAGUAACUAUAGUUAUUUGUCCAAGAGUAGUGAAGACGAGAUGAGUAUCUAAACCAAAUACAACCAAAUCACAUGAAUUUAUUUCGAGCAUAUACAUGCUGGGUGCUAGUAAUGCAACAACAACAAACACAACAAACCAAGAAAACGUUAAUUAAGCUAUGCAAAUUAUAUUUAACAAAGUUAAACCGUAAACGAAAAUAUGUAAUACUAUUUUUUGUAAUUCACACAUUUUUUUUUGCUGUUAGCCAAGAAAACAGAGUUUUGCUCAAUGAAAAGUGCAUUUGAUUUAAAGCGCAUCUAUAUAAACACAUACAUAAUUAUAUAUCUACAUAUGCGAAUGCUAAACUAAAUUAUACAUAAUUAAAUUAUAUUGAAUUGAAUUGAUAUUAUAUAGUAUUUCAAAUGUAGUGCAAUUUGUUGCUAACUCCAAAAGCUCUCUUAUCAAAGAGUAUUAUAUUUAAACGAAUAUAUAUAUAUUUUAUGGGUAUCAAAAUUAUAGGAAUAUUUUUAGGCUUAGGCUUUAUUUAUAUGAAAUUUAGUUUUACUCUUUUUUUUCUUCUUUAUGUACAAUAAAUUUAAAACUUUCAUCAAUCUUUGGUUUUCUACGCUUAAGAAAUGUACCGCCAUGUUGAAACAUUAUAUAUGUACGAUCUAAGGGCGAACACAUCUAUAUGUACUAUACGUAUGCUACAGUUUGUUUGGGUUUCAUUUGUAGAUCGAUCAGCCAGAAUCGCAUUCCACAUCUUCCACACUCCUAACGAGAUGUUCCUGAAACCCUGAGAGAAUUUAAAACAAUUAAAAAGUGUGCCUAAAAGUGUGCAGUGAAAUGGUUCAUCAAAGCUAUCAAAUAUUUUGCUGCAUACUUUUGAGCACUCCAAGCAUUGUUUUGGAACCUCCAGACAUUUUAGAAAGCAUUUCGGAUCGCCUUUCUCCCGAAGUGAGAGCACCAGUGCCAAAAGCUUGCAUCCCAGACCUCUCAAUCAUUCCAUACCUCCAGUCAUUCCAUCUAGUUGAUAGAGAUACCAUUAAAGUCGUGCAAUCAUAAGCAAAAUGUUAGAGGAUACACGAACUCAUGUUGAUCAGCAGUUACGAUCGUAUAUCUUCAGAAUAUAAAUUUACACACAGAAACGUACGCAUAGAUGUAAGUGCAUUUAUGCACACAGAAAGACACACACACACACACACACACACCGCAUACAAACAUUAAGAUAUACAGACAUACAUAUAUAAAAUAUGCAUAUUGUAUUUCGAUUCAGAUAUUGUGUUAAUGUCUAUAACGAACAUAUUGAAACUAUUGAAAGCAAACACGAAUUAAGAGUGCAAUACUGUUAAAGAGAACUACCGUUCACCGGAAACGGAAGCGGAACAGCAUAAAGAAAAGGACAACGCAAAUCAGUGAGAGCGCGCGAGCGAGAUAGAUGGAUGGUCGGCCAGUUAGAAAAAGACAGACAGAGCCGAUUGAGACAAAGGAAAGAAUGAGAUGGCGCGCAUAACGAAACAACUUAGUCAUAGAUUUAAAAAAACAAACACACACAUUUACAAAGCGAUUAACGAUUAACUAUAAACGAUAACUAAAGCGUGGACUUAGGUGUUCGAUAUUCAAUUUUUUUGUUCUUGGUUUUUCGUUCACUUUCAAUUGAAAGAUUCCGACACUAGAAUUGACUAGAAAACGCAGCGCGAUUUGCAUAUUAUAUAAAUACAUUUAGAGCCAGAUAGCGAGCGAGAGUAAGGCGGUAACUUAUAAAUAAAUAUAUAUGUAUAUAUAUACAUACAGGCAUACAUAUAUACAUGGAUAUAUACUAGAUGUUUAUGUAAUACAUAAAUGGCAUUGAACGAAUUCCGAGCACAUUGCAAAGCCCCUAAAUUCAAAAUCGCAUGAGUAUCCUCGUACUGUUUUUGGUUUUUUACUCCGGAAAUUGAUUUUUCUAUGCGAAAGUAGUUGAAAAUUAUGUAAUGAAAAAGGAUAUACAAGUAUUUAGACACACAUCGACAGUAUCCUAUUCGGACGAUUUCUUUAGGGUUUUUAGUUGCGAUUUUGAACAUGCAGAUGAAGAACGAGUAAAAACAACAUGUGUAUGAAAUAGUAUAUAAAUAAGGUCGGAUAUUAAUGCCCCGACAUUACGCUAUAUGUAUGUGGGGCAAACAACAAAUCCAACAGAAAAAAAAUAAGAAAACAAAACAACAACAACAACAACAAAGAUGAUGUAAGCGAUGGAUCGAAGUGAGAAUUGAUGCGAAUGGCACAAGUAUAUAACAAAUUUCAACAAGUAUAUGACUGAGCCAAUGACUCAAAAUACAUUUUAAACAAAAAGGAAAAUAUGAGAAAUAUAUGAGAAAUACAAAAACGA